AUGGUCGCUCUCAACUCUAGCGCCACUCAGCCCGAGCUCGCCGGCAAGGUCGCCCUUGUUACUGGUGGCGGUCGCGGUAUCGGCUCCGGCAUCGCAUUGGAGCUGGCGAAGAAGGGUGCUUCCGUGGCAAUCAACUAUGCCAGCAGCUCUCAAACCGCCGACAAGGUUGUGCAAGAGAUCCAGGCACAGGGCGUCAAAGGUGCAGCUUUCCAAGCUGAUCUGACCAAUGUCGACUCCAUUGGAACCCUCUUCCGCCAGGUCGUUGCCCACUUCGGCCAACUCGACAUUGUCGUCUCCAACGCCGGAACAGAGAAGUUCGUUUCCCUGGCAGACACCACACUGGAGGACUUCAACGACGUGUUCGACCUCAACACACGGGCACAGUUCUUCGUCGCCAAGAACGCCUACGACCACAUUCAGCCCGGGGGACGUGUUGUCCUGAUGUCAUCCAUCGCUGCUGGUGUUGGUGUCCCCGGACACUCCCUGUACGCCGGCAGUAAGAGUGCUGUCGAGGGUUUCACUCGCUGCUUUGCUGCCGACUUCGGCAAGAAGCGUUGCACUGUCAACGCCAUCGCCCCUGCUGGUGUCAAGAGUGACAUGUGGAUGAGCAACUCGUGGCGCUAUGCCCCUGGCUGUGACCAGAACUCAUCUCUUGAGGAUAUCGAGCAGGCUCUGGCCAAUGGUAGCCCUCUCAAGCGCUGUGGUGUGCCCGCGGAUAUUGGUCGUGUUGUGGCAUUCCUGGCCAGCCCCGCUGGAGAAUGGAUCAACGGUCAAAUUCUCCCCCUGAAUGGUGGUGCUAACAUUUAA